AUGGUCGCAAUUCCCGAAGGACGUGCACUGGUGCACAGGAGUCUACCCCUUGAGCAAGAACAUGUUGUCGAGAUGAUGACGAACGAGGAGCAUCGCCAGGUGCAUGCGAAUCUGCAGAUCAUCAUUGGGUACCAGGUCAGUUACCAUCGCGCGGAAAGGUGGCCCGGGGAUCGAUCGCGCGCCGUCUGCCCUCAACGGAUGCAGAAAUCCACCCCGGCUUGCUGCUGCUUUCGGCCUAGGUCCAUAGAGGUCGAUAAAUUCUGCGUUGUUGAACGUUGAGACUUUACAAUGCUACAUUUACUGAUGCUCAAUCGGUCUCUCAUUUUUUUAGUGGAUCAUCUUAGGUGUAAUCGGUGUAUCAAUGCUCCGACAUCUCAUUUAUACCGUCAAACGACGUCAUCGGGUCAGUGCGCGUUUUCGGCGUGAAAGUCUCGCAGUAGCUCACUCGUCGACGGCUUCCACAUACAGGCAUGGCGUUUAGCACUACACAAAAUCCGAGCCAUGAACGACGAGAUCCGAGGUUUCCACCGUCUCGAACCCCCGCCGAGGACACGCAACUUGGUCGAACACUUCGAGGCGCUCCUCUUGACCCCUUUGGCGUCGAAAUGGUGGCUGGGAUUGGCAAACCCUCUGCAGGUUGGUUUGAUCGUCUUGUUGCUGGUUGUGAACACCGUUUCUGUUUUGGUCAUCUCGAUCGACUGGAGACAAGCCAAUGAUGCGCAUUGGAAUGCGAUUCGUGAGUGAUGGAAUUGCUGCAAAGACCCCUAGAACGACCGGCGCUCAAGCUAACCCGACCUCGCGCACGCUUGCUUUAUCCCUCCUCAGACGUCGUCGCUCUUCGAUGCGGUUGGCUCUCACUUGCUCAACUCCCCGCCAUCGUCGCUUUGGCGGGUCGCAACUCACUCGUCCAACUUGUUACGGGCAUCCAAUAUCAGCAUCUCCGAUUCGCGCAUCGAGCUUUCGCCUGGUGGAUGGUCCUCUUUGGAGCCUUGCACACGAUCGAGGCAUCGAUCGCCACGAGCAAAUGGUUUGGUAGGGAAGGGGUUGAGAGGCUGUAUCGUAAAAAUUACCUUGGUAUCACGGGGCUGGUCAUUGUUGGUGGAUGUUUCCUCCUCGUCUUCUUCAGCUUGCCGGCCAUUCGAAGACGGUGUUAUGAGCUCUUUUUGCUCAUGCAUAUCGCUGGAGCGGGCCUGAUUAUCGGUGGUCUCGCCUAUCGUAAGCCCCAGAAACGAGCGCAACGUCGGAGCUCAAAAGUCUGAUUAUCGCUUUCUACCUCGUACAGAUAUCUCGUCGAGUAAGGUUCUCCUGUGGGUGGCGAUCGGCCUGUGGGGCGUCGAGCGCCUCUUGCGGCUGUGCAAACUCGUCUCGAUUCGACUCCUAACUCGGCUCCAGUUACGACCUCCCGUCGUCAAAGCUUCCGCAACCUUGAUCGAAGGAGCCAUCGUUCUCCGCGUCCCCUUCCAUGGCACCUGGGAAGCAGGUCAACAUGCAUAUAUCGGUAUUUGGGAUAAGGCCUUCGCCUCUCAACCGCAAGUCUAUGGCCAGCUGCACCCUUUCUCGAUCGCCAACGUUCCUCGUUCGGGGACCUUGGACGAAUGGGAAGAGAUCCAACUCGCCAAAUUCAAAGGGGUCCGACAAGCAGGACAUACACCCACAGCGCAUGAGAUGUUAUUCAUCAUUCGGACGAGGGAGGGGAUGACCAGGAUCGUGGCGGAUCGAUUGGCGCAGAGUCCGACGGCGUCGAAGGAAUUGAUGGUUAGUGUGGAGGGACCUUAUGGUGGCGCGGUGGAUACGGAAGAGUUUCAAGAAAUUCUCUUUUUGGCUGGGGGGACCGGUAUUUCGCAUAUCAUGAGUAGUAAGUUUGAGUUAUACCGUGUGGGACCCACUGAGUGAGGGGAAGCUGACUGGAUGCUCCGUUGGUCCUGACAGUGCUCGAGGACGUGAUCCACAAGGCGCGGGUCUUCUAUUCCAAAGCGCGAGUCAUUCGACUCAUUUGGACCGUCCAAUCAGUCGGUGAGUUGAUUGUCAGAGCUGAGGUUCGAUGAAUUCAUCACCAAGCUCACUCCGUCUUUCACCCCUCAGAACAAUCCAUCUGGACACUCUCCUCCCUUCUCGAAAGCGCGAAAGAAGCCUUCGAAGCCGACGUCGAACUCCGGCUCGAACUCUACGUCACCCGAACCCCUUCCGGAACUCGAGUCUCUUCAGAACACGAAGCGAUUCAUUCUUCGAAAUCAAGUUCCUCGACAACAAUGACAAUAUCCUCAAGGGAGAAAGCUCUCCCUCUUCCACCACCCCUGACGGCUCUCAUCGCUCGAACAGGAAUUAUCUCAACUUCAGCCGCGGCCGCAGCAGCGGUCAUGUCCCCCGAAUUAGACGAACUGAUGGAAACAUCACCUAUGGCCGAUGCUUUAACCGUAUCCGCCGGACGACCGUAUUGGCCUGGCUUGUUACCCAGCUUCGUUGGAGGUGCAGAAGGGAAGAGUUUGGUCGUAGCAUGUGGUCCGGGAACAAUGGGACAGGAGGUGAGAUGGGAAGUGAGCAAAUUGGCGAGGGAGUAUCCGGUUAGCUUGGAUGUGGCGCUGUUCGAGUGUUAA